AUGGACUCCAUGAAGACCAACGACUUGCUGUCGAACGACAAUACCGAUGACAGCAACUUCCGCUAUUUUAACGUCGCCGACCUCGUGGCUGAUGCAAUCGCGAUACCGACUGGCAUGGAGGAGAUUAUACUCUUGUCAUGGCUGGUUGUACUCUUGCGCACACGCGAAGAUAGCCAGAUAUGCUUUGAGUGGACUCACAAGGACCGUGUGGAUGAAUCAGCCAUCAGGUCUCUGUCCAUGGGGGAGGUGAUGUCAGGUGGACUGGAGAAUACUCUUGGACAGACAGCUGAGGCUAUUUCUCAAUAUGUCGCGACAAGCUCACCGGGCGAGCGUUCCAUAUCCAAGCCUGCUAGCCUCCUAUUGAGCACCGGCGCCCUCUCUAGUUCCCCCGAUCAAGUCAAGGACAAUGAUACAAUCCACCUCGAAAUACUAUUCCACAACAACGACCUGAAAAUCCGGCCCGUCUGGUUCUCCGGCAACAUACUUCCGUUUACAGUAACAUCGCACAUCGAAGUCUUAGUCCACACCGUUCGAAUGUGCCUUGCGAACUCUAAGGCGUCCAUCGCAGAGUGCAUGCAACCUACGACCUACGAUCUCGAUGAGAUCUGGCGCUGGAAUCAAACCCUCCCUCCCUCGUAUAAUUUCUGUAUGCACGACAUGAUCGCCGAGCGCUCUCAGAGAGCCCCAAACAAAGUGGCCAUCUGCUCCUGGGAUGGCGAAUUGACCUACGCCGAGGUCGACCAGUACUCGACGCGAGUCGCGUCCACACUCCAACAGGAGAUGGGCGUGCAAUUUCAUGAUAUCAUUCCUGUGUGCUUUGAAAAGUCCCGAUGGACAAUCGUCGCAGUGCUGGCAGUCAUGAAAGCAGGGGCGACCUUUGCGAUGAUGGACCCCACGCUGCCACUGGCCCGUUUGCAGAACAUGGCAACGCAGGUUGGAGCCAAGACGAUGGUGACCUCUCGACUGCAGCACGACCUGUCCAUGGAGAUUAUGCCGAGUGGAAACCGUAUCGUCGUCGAGUCCGACACAUUCCACGCCCUGCCUCAGGUCGUCUCGGAACUACCAGCCAUAUCACCCUCCACGCUUAUGUACAUAAUCUUCACUUCGGGCAGUACCGGUACUCCGAAGGGAGUGACCGUAUCUCAUAGGACGUAUACGAGUAGUGCCAUUCCGCGCGCACAGGCAGUGGGAUACAGCGAGACCUUCCGGGUUCUAGAUUUUGCAUCCUACGCGUUUGACGUUAGCAUUGAUAGCAUGCUGCUGACUCUUGGAAACGGCGGGUGUCUCUGUAUCCCAUCGGACGAGGAUCGUCUGAAUGAUAUCAACGAGGUCAUUCGAAAAUUGCAGGUAAACUAUGCUGGGAUAACCCCCUCUGUGGCUCGCAUUCUAGAGUCAGACGUCAUUGCAUCGCUCAGUGGUGGCCUCGGGCUUGGAGGAGAAGCUGCCUCGGCGAGAGAUGUCACGCUUUGGGGCCAGGACGCGAGGAUUAUCAUCGGGUAUGGUCCAUGUGAAUGCACGAUUGGGUGUACUGUCAACAGCAGCGCGGCCACGGGGAGAGACUAUAUCUCUAUUGGACCGGGUAAUGGAGCUGCGAUAUGGGUUGUCAAUCCCAAUGAUCACAAUUCUCUUGUUCCUGUCGGUGCGGUAGGCGAGCUGCUGGUCGAGGGCCCAAUCGUCGGCCAGGGUUAUCUCAACGAUCCCGAUAAAACCGCUGAAUCGUUCAUUGAAAAUCCCCCUUGGCUCGUGGCGGGCCACAAAAGUCAUGUUGGUCGACGAGGUCGUCUCUACAAGACCGGAGAUCUGGGAAAAUAUGAUCCCGACGGGUGCGGAGGCAUCAUCUUCGCGGGACGGAAAGAUACGCAAGUCAAAUUACGGGGACAACGCAUUGAGCUCGGUGAGAUCGAGAGCCAACUUAGAGAUAGGUUACCGUCAAAUACCACUGUCAUUGUCGAGGUGAUCAAGGCACACGGACAGCCAACAUUAGUGGCUUUUGUCGCUGCCCAGUCCGGGCAGACCAAUGAUUUCCAAUCGGUUGAUCUCCCUGAUGAGCUGCGAAUGACGCUGUCCACAGCCGAUGCAGACUUAGCCAAAGUUCUGCCCCGGUAUAUGGUGCCCACCGCAUAUAUACCGAUUAAUCACAUCCCAGUUCUGAUCUCAGGCAAGACAGAUCGCAAACGCCUGCGCGAGUUCGGUGCCACCGUCGACCUGCGACAGCUAGACCAGAACACCAGCACCAACAGGGAACUGACUGAGGUUGAGCAGCGCUUGCGGGAGGCUUGGGCUCAGACAUUGAAACUCGACCCUGCAACCAUUCGGCUGGAAGACAACUUCUUCGCCCUCGGGGGUGACUCUUUAUGGGCGAUGCGACUGGUGCCUGUAUGCAGAACACACGGCCUCGACCUCUCAGUAACCAGCAUAUUCGGCCACCCCACACUCUCCGCCAUGGCUGGUAUUGUCCAGAUCUGCGAUGUGCAGGUCCAGGUGGAAACUCCUCCAUUUUCAAUGAUCUCCACAGAUGCGGACAGCGCCUGCCUCGUGGUAUCACAGAUGUGUGGAAUAGAUCCGGCCGCGGUCGAAGAUAUAUACCCGUGCACACCUACACAAGAGUCCCUUUUUACAUUUUCUAUCAAGUCGACCAAGGCAUAUAUAGCCCAACGAGUGGCAUCUAUUCCGACACAUACCAACUUGGAUGACUUGAAAAGGGCUUGGGAGCAGGUGGUUACAACGAGUCCCAUCUUGCGCACUCGGCUAGCGCAGCUCCAAGAACCUGGCCUCCAGCAGGUAGUGUUGAAAACAAACAUCUCGUGGAGACAUUCGACGGACCUGGAGCAGUACCUCAAGGAUGAUCGGGAGGAGAAAAUGCAGCUAGGAGAGGAUCUCGCUCGGUACGCUAUCGUUGAUCACCCAAAUGAAGAGAAGCGGUACAUGGUCUGGACAGUUCACCACGUCCUCUACGAUGGAUGGUCCGAGCCGCUUAUCUUGAAGCAAGUGAGCGAUGCCCUGCAGGAUGAAGGCAUUGACACACGGAUACAGGCACAGAUCAGGAACUUUGUCAAGUAUGUACGGGAGACCGAUGAAAUCGCCACGCAGGAAUACUGGAGACGAGAGCUAAACGGGGCAGUCGGGCCUCAGUUCCCGCGUCUGCCUUUUCGAGACUUCUUGCCCAAUCCGGAUGCCAUGGUGGAGCGUCAAAUACCGCUAGAAACCAGUGCCAAGUGGCCAUUUACGAUGGCCACUUUGAUCCGUGGCGCCUGGGCGCUACUGGCGUCAAGGUACUCGGGUAGCAACGACGUCGUCUUUGGUGAAACGCUCACGGGUCGGGACAUUCCGUUGGCGGGAGUCGAAGACAUCGUCGGUCCAUUGAUCGCCACGGUCCCUGUUCGUAUACAGGUCCCCCGCUUAGCUUCAAUUGAAUCCUAUCUACAGACUGUGCAGCAAGGCCUGCUAGCCCGUACGCCCUAUCAGCACAUGGGAAUGCAGAACAUCCGAAAAGUCAGCGAAGACGCUCAGCAUGCCUGCGAAGCCACCACUGGUUUGGUCAUCCAACCCGAACCGGAAUACAUCGGUGACGAGCUGGGCUUUAAACACGGCGAUGCCGUGCGUGAGGCUCUCCAUUUUAACCCGUAUCCACUGAUGCUUGCCUGUGGGAUACGGAAAGGCGGCUUCAGAAUAUGUGCCAGCUUUGAUAGCGGGCUUAUCGAGGUCGCGCAAAUGGAACGGGUCCUUGCGCAGUUCGAAAUGGUCUGUCUCGAGUUGACGAAGGGUCUCUCCUGGAGGCUAGACGAGUUAUCUUGUCUUCCCGAGGCGGAGCUAGAGCAGAUAUGGCGCUGGAAUCAGACUCCACCGUUGUCCUUGGACGAGUCUACGGGAACGCUCCGAGCUGAUGCGGGCACCCAGCCGAGAUCAACUUAUCCUCCUGCGGUGGUUCCUUGGGUAUGUGACCCACGCAAUCCGUCGCUACUUUCGCCUAUUGGGUGCGCUGGUGAGCUUUGGCUGGAAGGGUGUUUCCUGCAAGGUGAAGUCAUUGAAUCACCCACCUGGCUGGUCGCAGGGAGCUCUAUAUGCUCCGGUCGAGCGGGUAAGGUGCAACGUACUGGUGACCUGGUCCAGUUACGAGAUGAUGGCAGUCUAGUAUUUAUUGGUCGAGAGGAGAACAUCGUGCGGCUACAAGGUCACGCCGUAAAUAUUGCGGAUAUUGAGUCUCAUUUUGAAAGAUAUCUCCCACCCACGGUUCACGCUGCAGUGACAGUAAUCCAGGAAUCGUCAGAGCUUAUUGUCUUGAUCGAGCAACAAUCUUCCCAAGAAGAAUACGUUCAGUUGGUAUCAACGAAGCAUGAAAGCUUUGCACCAAUUUGCCCCGCAAUUUCAAACAGUCUUGCGACAGCAUUGAAAAGAUUCGACAAGUUUAUCCGUGACUCUCUUCCAUCGUACAUGGCCCCUUCAGCGUAUGUGCCCGUCGAGAAGAUGCCCACCGAGAAGGGACAAAUCGAUCGUGGUCUGCUCAACCAGCUUACCUCUGGAAUUCCUCGACCCCUACUCAACGAGCUGAAACAGGGUUUAAACAUGGCAUGGUCACAGGGCUCCACGCAAACAAACCUGACAGCCUCAGAAACGAUCUUACAAUCUGCCUGGGCUAAGAUACUGCGAGUCCGCCCCGAGGAAAUCGAUGUCGACGACAACUUCUUCCGCCGAGGCGGCGACUCCGUCCUAGCUAUGAAACUCGUAUCCAGCCUUCGUGCAGAGGGCCAUACCCUGACUGUGGCUGAUAUAUUUCAGCACAUGCGGCUCGGUGACGCUGCUAAACGGUUGAAGGUUGGCGGGGCCUCGGUCCAGGUCCAACCGUACAAAGCAUUCUCAACGUUGGGCGAUUUAGACGUCGAACAAUUCAUCACCGAGACUAUUCGACCCAAUCUUGCCGGUCAGGGCUGGUCAGUUCGGGAUGUUUAUCCUGUCACUGAUUCGCAGGCUCUCGACAUCCGCGCUACUGUCCAAGCUCCCAGGACUUCCUUCCAGUAUACUAUGCUGUACUUCGACCAGAACAUUGAUCAAGGGCGUCUCACCCGCGCUUGCACCCAGUUAAUUAAGACCCACGACAUACUGCGCACUGUCUUCAUUGAACACGAGUCGAUCUUCUUCCAGGUUGUCCUGGAUGAUCUGGAAAGCGUAGUUACCACCCAACAGGCUACCGGUAACCUCCAACAAUACGUUAGCGAUCUCUGUAAUGAGAACAUUGAGUCACCGUUCCCUCUCGGAUCACCAUUCCUGAAAGUAUUCCACGUCCAGGGCAACGACAACCAAAGCUGUCUCGUCAUCGGCCUCUCCCACGCACAAUAUGACGGUAUGUCCCUGCCCCGGCUCCUUCGGGACCUGGAGACAUUGUACACAGGAAAAGACGUAACCGAAUUUGCGCCCUUCUCCUCCUACAUGUCACGCAUCCACGACAGCCGCAUACAAGCCGAGGCGAUCAAAUACUGGCGCAACAUCAUGGUCGGGUCAUCACUGUCCGUCCUACCGGGACAACCUACACAGAUCAGCGAUACAUCAAUCUUCCAUACCAACCCAGUCUCCAUCUCCCAGGCCCCUGCCGAUAUCACAACAGCAACCCUUCUAACAAGCGCAUGGGCCCUGGUCCUCGCCCGACGACUGCAGACAGCAGACGUGACCUUCGGCGGCGUGACAAUGGGCCGACACAUCGAUCUAACUAAUGUCGAGAAUGUCAUGGGUCCAUGCUACCAAUUAACACCUAUCCGAGUGGUAUUCAAUGCUGACUGGACGCCUCGCGACUUACUGCGCUUCGUCCAGCGGCAAAGCGCCGAGUCAGCGGCCUACGACUUCCUUGGCUUCGAAGUAAUCCGCAAGCACUGCUCGGAGUGGCCGUCCGAGGCAAAGUUCUUGGAUUCCAUUGUGCAUCAUCAAGAUUGGGAGGAUUUUGAUGCCAUGGAUUUUGCUGGGGGUAGUUGUCGGGUGGAUGUUCGAAACCCGCAUGGAGAUGCGGCGUGGCCGAUGAAGGUUGUCUCAUUUGUUAAGGGUGGACAGCUACAUGUUGGUAUCGUGGGGAGCGAGGUUGAGUUUGUGGAUGGGGUUCUUGGGGAAUUGGUUGAGGCUGUAGAGGAAUUGGCGGGUUCGGAGGAGCUUUUAAAAGUAUAA